AUGGCCUGUCGCAUAGGCGCUGUGCGCCUCUUCACACGGUCUGAUGCCUCAGCCAAGCUGAUGUCACCGAGAGUAGCGCCUCUGCGAGCUCCGCUUCUACUUAGAGCAUUCUCCUCUUCCGCACAUUUCCGGUCCGGCGCCGCGACCAAGAUGCCUUCCACAGUCACUAUCCGGGGCCACACCUGCAAAACAGAUCCCGACUGGUUCAACAUCCCCGACAAUGUCCUCGACUCUGCCACGCGCCGUCUGCAUCUCCAAAAAGACCACCCCGUCUACAUCACCCGCCAAAUCAUCCAGUCCAACUUUCCCAUGCCCACGUUCAAAUAUCACAACGACUUCAGCCCCGUCGUGACGACGCGGCAAAACUUUGACUCGCUCGGCUUCCCCGCCGACCACCCCGGACGCGCGCGCUCCGACACCUACUACAUCAACGAGGGCACGCUGCUGCGGACGCACACGAGCGCGCACCAGGCCGAGACGUUUCGCGCCAACGAGAGCGACGGCUACCUCAUCUCCGCCGACGUCUACCGCCGCGACGCCAUCGACCGCAGUCACUACCCGGCCUUUCACCAGAUGGAGGGCGCCCGCCACUGGGACCGCGGCGAGGUGCCCGGCGGCGACGUGGCGGCCGCCGUGCUGCGCGACCUCGAGGCGCUGCCCAAGCACGGCGUCGUCGUCGAGGACCCGAACCCGCCGUGGCACGCGGAGCGCAAUCCUGUGCAGGACAAGCACCACUCGAGCGCCGAGGCCGAGGCCAUUGGCGCGCACCUGAAGCGCUCGCUGGAGAACAUGGUGGUCGAUGUCUUCUCGCGGGCCAAGGCUGCUGCCAUGAGGGCCGACCCCAACUUUGUGGACGAGCCGCUCAGGAUGAGAUGGGUGGAAGCCUACUUUCCCUUUACCAGCCCCUCGUGGGAGCUUGAAGUCUACUACGCCGGGGACUGGCUCGAGGUUCUGGGCUGCGGUGUGGUCAAGCAGGAUCUAUUCAUCAAUGCCGGUGUUCCGUCCAAGCUAGGCUGGGCGUUUGGCAUUGGUAUCGACCGCAUUGCUAUGCUAUUAUUCAAGAUUCCCGAUAUUCGCCUGUUUUGGUCGCGGGAUGACCGAUUCAUCUCGCAAUUCACCGGAGUAUCGGACGACUUGGACAAGCUGAAGCUCUUUGCACCCUUUUCCAAGUACCCGCCCAGUCCUCGCGAUGUCUCGUUCUGGCUCAGCUCGUCUACUUCCUCGGCGGCUGGAGGAAACACCAAGAAUACCUUUCACGAAAACGACAUUAUGGAGCUUGUGCGCAACAUUGCUGGCGACGUCGUCGAGGACGUGCGGCUCAUUGACGAGUUUACGCACCCGAAGACGGGCAGAAAGAGCAUGGCCUAUCGCAUCGUCUACCGCAGCCUAGAGAGAACUUUGACGACGGAAGAGGCCAACAAGUACCACGAAGACGUCAGAGAGGCACUGGUCAAAGAGCUGGGAGUUGAGCUGCGGUAG